AUUCUUAGAAUUUUUAUUCGGUUCUACUUCUAUAAGCUUUGUGUCUCUUCCCUAUUCUGCAUCUGCUGCUUUAUAAGUAGCAAGAAACAAAUUCGCCGCCGAAGUUCCAACAAAUUUUGCGACCAAAUUUGAACCCCAACUUGUUAUCUCAAAGCUGUACAGAUAUGGAUAGAGAUUAUCAGGGAAGAGUGAUUCUGGGAUUGCUUGCGUUGGGAGGAAUUGAUUUUUUGAGGAAAAGACUGUUAAGUAAAGAGGAGGAGAAAGCUUCAACGAACGUUCAUGAGGCAAAGGUAGAUUAUGCGAGUCAGCUACAGGUUGAUGAGGCAAAGGUGGAUUAUGCGAGUCAACUACAGGUUCAUGAGGCAAAGAUGGAUUAUGCGAGUCAGCUACCAGAUGAUGUUUUGUCUUCAAUUCUCUCACGUAUGACAAUUAAAGAUGUUGUUAAGACAAGCAUUUUGUCUACAAGGUGGAGAUAUCUGUUUGCUUCUAUGCCUACAUUACGGUUCAGCCUUGACAUGUUUGGCGUUAAAUAUUUAGGUCCUAUAUGUCCCCCUUACGAUCAGAAAAAAUUCUUGGAAGUAGUAAAUCAGUUUUUGCAACUUUAUUUGGGUCGUAAAGUGGUUGAACUUGAAAUGCACAUGUUCAUUGAGAGACAUCUUUUUUCUCGUAAAUUUGCCCAAUUGAUGCAUUCUAUUUCAAAAUUAGAUGUUGAAAGAUUACAUCUCAACUUUACCUGUGAAAAAACUCCUACCUCACAAGACAUUGACCUCCCUCAUGACGCGUUUUUUGAAUUUUCCCUUGAGCUUCUCUCUCAAGCAUCCUCCUUGAAAUCCUUAUUUUUGAGUGUUUGCAUUGUACGACCCAGUGUCGGACUCCGUCUCAACUCCCUCAAGACCCUUUCCUUGACGGGCGUUCUGUUAGAGACGGGACAACUUGAGGAUAUUUUGUUCUCGUGUUUGAACCUUAAUCAGUUAGUCAUAAAAUAUUGCAAGCUUCCGCAUAAGCUAUGCAUCUCCGGUACAGUAACAUCUGUUAUUUUUGCUGAUUGCGGCGGAUUGGAAGAGAUUGAUCUUCAGGCCACAAAACUUAGUGGGUUUGAGUGUUUUUUUGAUGAAAAAGUAAGGUUUUACUUUUCUUCUGUUCCUGUAUUGGAACGUAUAAAAAUUAGUCUUCGCGGAGAUGCUUCAAUGCCGUACAUAUUUGGUGAAUUUCCAAUGAGUUUACCUGCUCAGGUUAAAUCUCUGAUAGUCACCGCUUGUUAUACUCAGGUAACACACUUCCCAACAGAGACGCAGAUAUUCAGAGACCUUAGGAUGUUAGCCUUGCUACUUGAAAGCACAUACGACUUUGACAUAGUCAAAGUUUUUCCCAUCUUAGACGCCUGUCCUGUUCUUCAAUAUCUGGAUAUAUUGCAACACAAGACAUAUAGGCAAAACGGAAGAGGAAGUCACACAAAGCCUCCUUUAUCUCCUACAAUUCACACUGAGCUAAAAGAAGUGAGGUUCGGUGGAUUUCAUGGAACAAAAGAAGAGACGGAACUUGCUAUUUAUAUUCUGAGAAGUGCAACGGUACUCGACCAGAUGUUUCUCAGCCAAUACUCAAUCAAUCCAUAUUUUAAGGCUUAUUAUGGUCAUGAUAUAUGGGAGGAAAGAGAACGAGAACGCAUCUCAAUCCAACAACAACUUUUUGAGCAAGCUAUCUCUAGUAAUGCUGUGGUGAUCGUCCAAUAGGUUCCUAUACAAACACUAUAUCGGCUCAUUGUCAUUAGCAGUUGUAGAGAAUUGUUGAGUUAUUGUGAAAAGACUGUUGUAUCCUGGAGGGGACAAGUCAAGAAGAUUACUGUAGGACCGGUGAAACACUUGCUGCAGUGGGCUUGAAUCUCCUUAAAGAGAGCGAGAUAUCCAUGCCUCAGCCAUAGAAGGAGAAAAUAAUAUUUUCUUUAUUCAUUUGUAAUUUUCAGUUGUAAUAUUUAUUGUAAUUUCACCAACACAUAUGUCUAUUUGUUCAACUUAAUAUAAGUUUAAGUGACCAUUUUGUAGUAACCGAAAGACCUAGUUGUCAGCUAACGCUAAGUUAAACACUUCAUAUUAUGCCUUAUUAUUAUUUAUUUUUUUGCAUUUGGUAGCUGGUUUUAUAUAUACACACUCUCUUCCUGUAAACACGUUCAUUGUUUAAUUUCCUUUUUGUGUAUUUAUUUGCAGUAUUUUACUGUUAUCAGGAAGACUUGUUCUCGGAUUGCUUACGUUGGGAGGAAUUGCUUUUGUGG